AUGCUCCGCGGCUGGUCCCGACCGCGGGUGAAAGGCCCCCAGUUCGCCCCGGCCUGCGGGGAUGGAAGAGAUGGUGAAGAGACCAGACAGACACACGGACAGAGGGACGCUGAGGAGAGACGGCUGCUGGGGUUCGCCAUGGCUGCGCCCGCCCGGUGUGCAUGUGGGCACAUGUGCCUGCUUACUGCCCCGUGUGGCUGCCGCUCUGUGUGCCCACGACCACCAGCAGAUGCCACCAGACUGCUCCCGAGACAAUCAGUUACACAUGCCGAACGUGACGAGCAGAAGACAAAUCAGAGGUGGGACCAGAAUACCGGGCCCCCGGAGAACUUCCCUCCCGUCUGGGUGAAAGGAACAAUUCCACAGGGGAGGCAGCCUGGCACCCAGCUGGGGCUCUCCCAGGGCCUGCAGCACGGAGGAGGCAGGAGGCUCCCUGCUCCUUCACUUAUUUCUCCUAUUUACGAUGAGAUCUUCUGUGCACAGGAAGGAAUUCACAGAGAUUGA